AUGACUAAUAGCUCUGGUACUGCAUCGCCGAAACAGGCCGCCAAAGAGGCCGGCGCCGAAGCCCCGUCCAUCAAAGAAAAACUCCCGGAUCCCGAGCGGACGCCUUUUCGCUUUCGAGAGUUUGAUCUGGAGGGCAAAGUGUUUGUGGUCACGGGUGGGGCACGCGGACUGGGUCUGGUCUUGUCGGAAGCUCUGAUCGAAGCUGGAGGACAAGUAUAUUGUCUCGAUCGACUACCCGAGCCGGACAAGGAAUUUUUGACAGUCCAAAAACGUCUGGGCCCCAAGUAUGGCGGCUCGUUGAAGUACGACAAGGUGGACGUCCGCGAGGCCGGCAAUCUGGACCGGGUCAUCGAGGAGAUCGCCACCAACCACGGUCGCCUGGAUGGCCUGAUCGCCGCCGCUGCAGUGCAGCAAGUCACACCCGCGCUGGACUACACGCCCGAGAAGAUCGAGGAGAUGAUGAACAUCAACUACAAGGGCGUUUAUUGCUCGGCCAUCAGCUGCGCGCGCCAAAUGAUCAAGUACAACUGCAGCGGCUCGAUUUUACUUGUUGCGUCUAUGAGCGGCAUGGUCGCCAACAAAGGAUUUACUUCGUCAGUUUACAAUUCUUCGAAAGCGGCUGUAAUUCAGCUUACUCGGUCUCUGGCCAUGGAAUGGGGGAAGAUCGUUAAUGGGAAACCCAUACGGGUCAAUGCUUUGUGUCCUGGGAACAUCAUGACCCCAAUGGUCCGGAAGAACUUUGAAGAUGACCCUAAAUUGAAGGAGCUCUGGGAGAAAGAGAACAUGCUGGGCCGCAUAUCAACCCCGGCAGAAUACAGAGGCGCCGCAUUAUUCUGUCUAAGCGACGCAAGCUCGUUCAUGACGGGUUCGAGUCUCGUUAUUGAUGGAGGGUACACCGCGUGGUAA